UCGCAGGUAGAUUUGUCAACACUGAGAGCACUGCUCUCUGUGUCUCGACCAUCCACUUGCAGGCUCGGAAACAUAGCAGGAACUGAAAUGUACUGUGACGGGCAGCAAUACCCAAACUCAAUCUCUUACCCUGACAUUUUGAUAUUGAAACUGGGUUCCCCAAUCUAUUUUGCCAGCUCUGGCUACCUUAGAGAAAGAAUCAUGAGGUGGAUAGAGGAGGAAGAAACACUGCAAUAUCUGAUUCUGGACAUGGGCGGAGUGACUUCCAUUGACAGUGAUGGGAUUGGCAUGCUAGUAGAACUCCAUAAACAUGUAGAAAGAAGAGGCAUCAAGAUCAAAGAAGCUGAGUAAACAAGUAAAAAUUACUAGCAAAAGCAAGAGAACUAGAGAAUCAAUUAAAUGGUGAGAGGACAACCAAGAAGGAUGUUGCAAAGUUCCCAAAGCCUCCAGUGGCACCUUUAAGAUGGAGGCCUCCUUUAUAAAGAAUAACCAAUCAUUUGUCACCCUCAGGACAUCAAACAAGCAGAGGUGCCCAUCCAGUAAUAGAUAAAGAGAAUUGUCUAUUAACAAAUAAAAUUACUGGGGAAGAUUUAGUUAAAUCUCUGCACAGAGCAAGAAGGAUAAUGUUGGCACCAGU